GCCAUCUCCCCUGUUCGGUUUUAGGAGACCUGCGCCGCCCCUCCGGCCACGCGAGCUCGCCGAAAUGGUCGCCCACAGGUUCCAUCAGUACCAGGUGGUGGGUCGCGCGCUGCCGACCCCGACCGAUGAGCACCCCAAGAUCUACCGCAUGAAGCUCUGGGCCACUAACGAGGUUCGCGCCAAGUCGAAGUUCUGGUACUUCCUGAGAAAGCUGAAGAAGGUGAAGAAGAGCAAUGGCCAGAUGCUCGCCAUCAACGAGAUCUUCGAGCGCAACCCAACCACCAUCAAGAACUACGGCAUCUGGCUGCGGUACCAGAGCAGGACGGGGUACCACAACAUGUACAAGGAGUACCGCGACACGACCCUGAACGGCGCCGUGGAGCAGAUGUACAACGAGAUGGCCUCGCGCCACCGCGUGAGGUCCCCCUGCAUCCAGAUCAUCAAGACGGCGACGGUCCACUUCAAGCUGUGCAAGAGGGACAACACGAAGCAGUUCCACAACUCGGCGAUCAAGUUCCCACUCGUGUACCGCAAGGUGAGGCCGCCCACCAGGAAGCUCAGGACCACCUUCAAGUCGUCCAGGCCCAACCUGUUCAUGUGAUGGGCCUCGGCGGGCUGGCUGUAGCCACCUGUGUUUUGUGUCUUAGUGUCCAGAGAGAUAAAGGUUUUUGCCUCUGCAAGCUUUGCUGCCCCGUGGACUGAUGAUUUUUUUUUUGGAUGAUGGUAUUGUAUUGCAAACCCUUGACUUUGGUCCUACUAGUUAUGAGAAGGCUGCUGUGUUACGUGCCC